AUAUAAACAGUAUAGGCAGUUUUGGAGUCCAUAAGAAUAUUUUCUUGACUUGAGGAUGACACAAGGUGUUGUGCUUCUGUCAGCUGGAAAUGUCAACGGUUUAUGUGAUCCUUUUGUUUUCUCAUCUAACGGCGGUGCUUCUGUCAGCCGGGAAUGCAAACGGGCACCAUGAUGAGUGUCCAGACUCAUUUGAUUGUGGAAGUUUGGGCAGAAUUUACUUCCCCUUCACCACGGUACAAUACCUGAACUGUGGUGCUUUGGCUAUCCAUGGUUGUGAUGAUCAUAACCAAACGGCAGUGAAGCGUGUCCAGUUGAACAAUGGAGGGAAACUGUUCCAAGUUACACAAGUUAAUAGUCAUCAGAGGCAGGGGUGGAGACCUAGUAUUUCCAUUACCGAUCAUGAUUUCAGAAUGCUUCUGGUAAAUGGUAGUUGUAUGGCCUUCACCUACAACAUUAUCUUCCCUCCCUUCUCUGCUUUCGGUUAUUUUGAUAUGAAAAACAAUAUAACCUCCUUCAAAUGCAGACACAAUCAAACAGUCAACCAUACAAAUGACUUCAUCAACUAUACAGGAUGUCCUUCCUCUGAUUUUUACUUUGCCCCUCCAUACUCUGAUUAUGAGUCCUUGCGCUCCUUAAUCUCUUCAUGUUCAAUGGUUAAACUUCCCGUGAGACAAGAUUCUCAGUUCUUCAAAGAUCCAUUUGGAUUUUUAACUGCUGAAAUUACCUUUGAAUUCAAGUUUUCAAAUGAAUGUCUCCAGUGUUACCAUGGAAGAAGAGAUGGCAAUUGCCGACUUGACAGCAAGGGAAAUUUUUAUUGCGCCAACAGGAAAGCUAGAGUUUGGACCCGGAUUCGGAAGCUAGCAUUGAUGCUAGGCACCGGCGUAGGACCAUGGAUCAUAUUUGGGUUGUUCCUCACGUUACGGCACUGCAAACGAAAAUAUGGCCAAUCCAGCAGCAACACCAAUGAUGAUCCCUACCCAAGUCGUGACACAGAGAGUGACAGGAUCUUCUUUGGGGUACCCAUCUUCUCCUAUAUGGAGCUUCUAGAAGCAACAAACAAUUUUGACUCCACUAGAAAGCUUGGAGAAGGAGGCUUUGGCACUGUGUACUAUGGAACACUAAGAGAUGGAAGGGAAGUUGCAAUCAAGCAUCUGUUUGAGCACAAUUACAAGAGAGUGGAACAGUUUAUGAAUGAAAUUGAGAUCCUUACUCGCUUACGCCAUAGAAAUCUUGUGUCCCUUUAUGGUUGCACUUCACGUCACGGCCAAGAGCUACUGCUUGUAUAUGAAUACGUUCCUAAUGGCACUGUUGCUAGUCAUCUUCAUGGUGAUCUAGCAAGGGUUGGUUUGUUGACAUGGCCUAUUCGAAUGCAAAUUGCCAUAGACACUGCUUCCGCAUUGGCCUAUCUCCAUGCUUCUAACAUCAUCCAUCGUGAGGUGAAAACCAAUAACAUUUUACUUGACAUCAGUUUUUCGGUUAAGGUAGCAGAUUUUGGGCUUUCAAGAUUGCUCCCAAAUGAUGUAAGCCAUGUCUCCACAGCUCCACAAGGGUCUCCGGGGUAUCUUGAUCCAGAAUAUUUCCAAUUCUACAGGCUCACGGACAAGAGUGAUGUGUAUAGUUUUGGGGUUGUGCUCAUGGAGCUGAUAUCAUCCAUGCCAGCAGUUGAUGCAGCCAGGGAAAGAGAUCAAGUUAACUUGGCAAGUUUUUGCAUCAAAAAGAUUCAAAAAGGAAAGCUUAGUGAGCUUGUAGACCCAUCCUUUGGUUUUGAGUCAGACCAACAAGUUAAAAAGAUGCUAACUUCAGUGGCAGGAUUGGCCUUUCGGUGUGUGCUAGGAGACAAUGGAUUAAGGCCUUCUAUGGAUGAAGUUCUGGAAGCACUCAGGAAAAUUCAAAGUGGGAAUUAUGAGUCUGAGAAUCUAGAGAAAGGAGAUGAUGUUGGUGGUGGUGGUGUUACCUCUUCCACUUCCUCCACCGAACAAGUACACGUACUUCAACCACCACCAGCUUCACCGGAUUGGGGUCAAGCUGGAAUUUCAAUGAAUAAGUUACCAGCUUCGCCAAUGUCCUUGACUGAGAAACGGGAAAGUGAAUCUACCACGCCCAAUGUCAGUGGUUAAUUACAUUUUUGUCUAAUAAUAACCGUAGUUUUUCACGUUUUGGUAAAAAAAUAUAUAUAUGAAUGUAUUACCGAACUCUUUUUUCCCUUCAAUGUUCAUAGUUACUACUACAUUACAGUAAUGAUUGAUGCAGAGUCUCAAAGACGGGACAAAAAAGUAAGGAACCCAAGAAAGAAAGAAAAAUCAAAGGGAGAAGAAAAUUUCUGCAAGCUAUUUAAAAGAAUGUAACAAGUACUUAUUAAUUAAUAACUAUGUGUCGCAUAAAAUGAGUACAUUUGUUCUUAUGAGUCGCAAGAUCAUUCCGCCAAGUCAGCAACGGUGGAACAAGUAUUUUAUCGAGAGAAAAAAAGCGACAUCGGAAAACGGUUCGGUCCUACUUGUGAUUCCAUGGUGAUAAUCCAAAGUAUCAAAAGGAAAGUAAUGAAUGUGUAUGGAAGAAAAGAUGCAACCAUUCCCAAAAUAGAUCCCAUGCUUGUUAGAAGCAAUCAAUCACCUUUGUCCCCCUCACAAUCAUCAAUAUUCUGACUUUAACACUCUUUUAAUAGAGAGGAGAACAACAGAGAGAGACAGAUAGAGAGGGAGAGGGAAACAGAUAACUUAGGAGAUGGCAGCGUUGCAGAAAUUCAAGCUGUUCGCGACGCCGUGUGGAGUGGGGCAAAGCCCAAGGACGAGCCCAUUGAUUCAAUUCCGGCGGCAAGAACACGUGGUGGAGAAGAAUCCGAUGCGGAGACACUCACUGAAGGCCCUCUUUGUGUCCUCGGCGCCACCAGAGAAGCACGUGGCUGAAAAUGAAACUAGUCCAAUGUUGUUGGCUUCCGUUGCCGUUCCCCAUUGUUCUUGGGUCGGUUUUGGUUGAAAAGGAAACAUUGGCGCCCUCUCCUCCUCACUAUUCCCGAAUAAUCUGUUGGACCAAUUUCAUGGUUGCUUUUCUAUUUAAGUGUCCUUGAAUAUAAUUGCAUUUUAAUUUCCGUGAUCC